UCACUUUCCUUUACUCAUCUCUUUAUCACUCGUUCAAUCACUGUUUUCAGGAGAGCACUGUCUACUUGAUGUAACACCCCAUGCUGUCGGACAGACUUAACUAUGCCCAGUAUUAUCCAAUCACAGUCUUCCUCAAGGCAGAGAGCAAAACAAAUGUUAAGGACCAGUGCUCCAAGUUUGCCAAAAACUCCACCAAGAACCCAAAGAAACUUUUCGAACAGAGCCAGAAACUAGAGAAAAUCUAUAGCCAUUUGUUCACGGGGGUGAUCAGUCACAAUAGCACAGAUGCCUGGUACAGCAGGCUCCUCGAGAUGAUUGAGGUGCAGCAGAACAGCCAAAUCUGGAUAUCUGAAUUUAAGCCUGAAGAAGACAUCAGUGAUGAUGUUCUCUUCCCCAUGACAAGCCGACUUAGUUUCGUUGCCUCACCAGAGAGCGACCUUGACCUGAGCCGUACUCAUGACGUGGACACGUUACCUCGAUUCCAUGGCUCCAAGCCAGGUUUAGUGCGCUCCUCGUCUGACCCCAGCAUAGCGACAGUGGAAAAAGUCCCAGGGAUUCCUCCUUACCCAUCACCCCCCCAACUAUUCAAAUGGGGCUAGAGAGAAGAGGUCCCCGACUAGUGUUCAUUAUCCAGGUGAUUCCAGAGAUGGCUUGAAUUUGGACGAACGUUACGGAGGCAGGGCAGAGGAUCGUUAUUAUCCGUCUUACUAUGCUGACAACCAUCUCCAUGGAAACGAGGACCCUAAUCAUCCCUCCUACUCGCACCCACGGGCUAACAUCGAUCCGUACGCGACACUGACACCCAGCGAGAGAAUCCGAGGCAGAGUAUCUGAAGAUUUGUUCGCACCCCAAGAUGGCCGCCAUUACAACCCAGCCUACUCUGACUAUAGAGAACCUUACAGGGAGAGGGUCAACUCUGAUGGAUUUCCUCCUCACAAAGGGAGAGUUCCAACCCCAGGGGAGGCUACUGCGCUCAGAGUCAACGUUGAUGGACCUCAUCACAAGAUGCACAAUGACUCUUCGUCCUACAGCAGUGACUCUUACAGUCGACACACCUCACGACCUGACAACAAGCAUGAUGACUCCAAACUCAGGGAGAAGUUUGCCGUUGUCAACGGGUCACCAAGGGGAGACAAAUCUGGCUCGCACAACCCUUAUCGCUUCACACGAAGCACAGCUAACCCGGUCAAUGUCACACAGGUUGACAAAGCCAAACUCUCCGACCUCAGUGCUAA